CCCUGAGGCUGGCUCUCUGCCUCGUGAACACGUUGGUUUUGAAGCAUCUGGCCAGGAGCCAAUCAGCGCUAUGUGAAGAGUGGAGACAUCUCCCAGUGGGAUAAGGCCGAUAACAUAAUGGGGACAUCGGAGGAUCUGCCCUCUCCUUGGCAUGCAGAUCUCUCAGGCGCACAGGGACAGGGAAUGUCCAGGGAACGUCAGACUGGCAUGUCCUGGGAUUCCAACCGGAAAGACUUGGCAAGCCCAGGCGUAGCGUAAUGCGGUGUCUGCCAGAGGCAGGUGGCCUCCUCCCCACUGCCGUGGACUGUUCGAAUGCUGCUUUAAUCAAGGAGAGAAUUCCCUCUCCCAAGGAAACUGCAACCCAGCCUGGUCUGAAUGGCAGGGCCAGAAUUCCAAUUAGUGGGGAAUCCAAAGAGAAGAGUCACAACAUGGUGGCUGGGGAGGAGGGAGUUUCAAGUGAGGUCCCUACAUCCCUAUUGAGGCAUCCAAAUAAGUGGCCUGAUUUCCAGAGAUGACCAACACCCCACAACUCAGUGGCAGUCAUGGGGCUCUGUGGGUGCUUAGUCCCUCUGGAAAUCAGGUCUCUUAUUUAUAUGCUGAGAUAAGGAUAUAGGUGAAUAAUUUUAAGCACCCAAGUUUGAAGACUUCAGCCACCGUCUUUGAUUCAACUCAGCCGUUCCUUGAUUGCUAGUACAAGAAAGACACCCCUGUGGCUUUGCUGUCAUGAGCUCUGUACUAGCCUGAUUUGCAAAGGGGUGUAGAGCCCUCUACCUGCAUUAACUUCAGCGAGAGUUAUGGGCACUCAGCUUCUUGAAAAAUGAGCCCCAAAUUGGCCUUUGACACCUCUGCCCACAAGCUCUCAGGAGGAGGGGACAGCAGACUUAGCUCUGGGCCAUUGAAAGCUCCAGGAUCUGUGCUGUAAGCAUCUCCCAUGUUACAGGAUCUGGUGAUGACACGAUAGUCACCUGAUGUAGUUAAAGCAGGGUAUAGAAGGGACUGAACAAGGUGAUAACAGGGUCCACAAUUUAGGGACCGUGGAUGCUGCAAGGCCAAACCAUGUGUUAAUUGGGCUGGACACAACUGUGUUGCAGCUGGAUCUGAGGAUGCAGUACUAGUUUCUGUAGUGAGGAGGCUUAGAGAUGGGCACAGAGCACUGAGGUGAUAUGUGCUAUGGGGCUUGGAGAUAUGAUAUGGAACCUCAUGGACUAUUGGGCCGUCUGUGGCACUGGGCCUUGGAGACCAUUUGUUAGGACACAGGAUGGGGCCUCAGAGCCGGCUGGGGGUCCCCUACUGCCCUAUGGCCUUUGCCAGUUGGCUGAGGAUGGGGUGGAAGACCUGCAGUUGAGGGACAUUUAAAGCUUCUCCAUUAUGUCUGCCCUGAAGUCUUUGUUAGAUUCUACCCAUCCUUCCCACAAAUAGGAAAGUCCAGCUCCUCCCAGGAGAUCCCUGUUUUUCUCCUCCUCGUGGCCAUGGAGCUGUAGGGCUUCGCAAAGCCUCCCUGAGCGGGUGAUGAAUGCAGCUCGGGAGUGACACCUUGCCAGCAGCAGCCAUUGCACACACUGCCCAAGCGCUGUGGAGUUUUUGGUGGACCAUUCUGCCUUCUUUCCCCCAAACCUGGCUCUCGACUGGCUGCCAGCAUUCCUUCAAAGGAGGAGAGACCAGAUCGUGGAUUUGGAAGCUCUUUGGGGGCCGAGAGGGUCAGCCAAGAGGUUGUCUUCCUGAUGAAGAUCGGAGCCACCCCUCUGUCUCCUCUCGAGCAGCUGCAUCCGAUGCAAUGAGUAACACGACCACUCCCACCUCCGCCGGGACCUCCAGCGACUCCUUGGUAGGGUAUGUCCUGGUGCCCUUCUUCCUCAUCACCGUCGUGGGCAUCGUUGUGGUGGUGAUGAUGUACAUUCAGAAGAAGAGGAGGUUUGACAGGUUACGUCAUCACCUGUUACCGAUGUACAGCUACGACCCCGCGGAGGACCUGCACGAGGCUGAACAGGAGCUGCUGGGGGAUCCAGACGACACCAAGGUGAUGCGAGGCUGGGGUGGAUACCAGCCCCAUCGGACUUCGCUCAUGGACAUGAAAGCGUAACGCAGCUCGAAGAGGCGACGUACUAACCACCUCCACCCCUCUCCCUUGUUGUCAAUUUCUGUGCUAACGUCAAGUCCUCCCACAUGGAGUUAAUUGUUAAAGCUCCAUCCUCCAUUUCGCUCUACUUCCACUCGCCUCUCCUCGUUCUGGGGCAGGUGGGAGUAGGCCCUGCCGGCUUUAGCUUCCGAGCGCUGUCAGACCGUGCUGCAGCUGCCCCUGAGCGUGCCUGCCGGCGAAGCACUGAAGACAUGAGCUGAAUCUUGGGUUUGCACGUUUUGACCAGGAGCGGCUCUUUCCCCCUUUUGGUUGUGGAUAUAAAACCCUCUGAGCCUUUUCGCGUGGGCCCAGAAGAGAGGCUGUUGAUCCUGAGAGUGUGUUGAUGAAACUCCGUCGCUGGGUGGCUCAAAGACUCAACCCCAAUAAACCCAGUUUAUCGCAGCCUCCCCUUCAGUAUAAGCCACUUAAAACCAACGCAGCUCUGGUAUUGCAGAUGCAUCUGCUGACUGCACAGAGAACAAACCUCCUGCCAUGCUGCAUAUCUACUUAUGCACGUGCUGGGCGUGUUACUUUGCGUGGGGGCAGUCCCAUGCACAAAUCUGAUUGAUUGUAUCUCUUGCGCUCUCUGUAUGGAGACUGUUGUUGAACUGUGCAGCUGGGGAUCUUAAUAUCUAGUUUAAUGGAGCCUUUGCUGCGAUCUUGAAAUAGCUGACAGCGAACAUUUGAAGCAGUCCUUUGAUUCCAGUCACCCCAGGGCAGGGAUGGGUCCAGUUUGCUUAUGCAGUAAAAACAGGGUGCGUUUAGUAGAGCAAAAAUGUCUGUCUCUGCAUUCAGCCAAGAGGCCUUAUGUAUUUGCCAAGGAGGAGAAGUCUUCCUGGCACAAAAGCUACUGGAUAGUAAAACAACCGAACUCUGUAAUAGUUCAGCAAGGUGGAUCUUUCUAUGUGGGUGAUUUUUGUAUUCAAUAGUAGCUCAUCUCUAUAUUUUGUAAAUAAAAAGGCACCGUGAACAUGA